GUGGCGCGGCAUCCCCGUUAGGGGAGGGUUCCCUGGGUAAAGGGAGGAGGCACCGAGUGCGUGGGGCGGCGGAGACACGCCUGCCCCGCUCACAUCUGCACUCCGCGGCCGGUGGCCUCCCUCGAGGGACACGGGAGCCAGGGCGCCCUGCGGGGACGGGUCGGGCGCGGGGCUCCGGCGCCCGGGCGCCCCCAGCGGGUUCCCGGAGGCUCCCGGUGCGCCCAGGCUUCGGCGCGGGAGCGAGCGUGCGCGCCGGCGGGCGGAGAGCCGGCGAGGCGGCCGGAGGUGGGAGGCUGGAGCGGAGGACGCGGCGGCGGCGGCGGCAGCGGCAGCGGCAGCGCCCGGGGCAGUGGCUGCAGCCCUGGCGGCGCGGAGCGCGGUGCGCAGCGGGCAGCGCUGCCAGCCCCGUCCGCCUAUCUCCGGCCGCUCCGACACCCCCUCCUCCGGCCCCCUAUCUGGCGAGGAGGCCGACGACUAAGCUUCGGGAGCAACUCCCUAAAAAAAGCCGCAUUGGAGGAGCCUGGCCGCAGGACCCCUCCUCCCGGGUGCCCCCCACCCCACCCCUCGCCUCCCUCUCCCGCCUCCCCGCCCCCCCCCCCCGUCCCCCCUGCCUCUCCGCCCUCCCCGCCCCCCCCCCCCGCCCCUCUGCUCCCGGGCGCCCGCCUCCCUCCUUCUCGGACUGUCUCCCGACUCGCCCGCUGAGAGCCCUUUCUGAUCGCGAGCGGUGGUGGCGGAGCCGAGGCGGCGGCACGGGACCUGCAGUCGCCGGGAUUCCCUCCAGGUGACGAUGCUCUGGUUCUCCGCCGUCAGGGCUCUGGCUGAGCGUCCCCGCCGGCGCUCGCCCGGGAUUACCUGCUGCGUCUUGCUGCUGCUCAAUUGCUCGGGGGUCCCCAUGUCUCUGGCUUCCUCCUUCUUGACAGGUUCUGUUGCAAAAUGUGAAAAUGAAGGUGAAGUCCUGCAGAUCCCGUUUAUCACGGACAACCCCUGUAUAAUGUGCGUCUGCUUGAACAAGGAAGUGACCUGCAAGCGGGAGAAGUGCCCGGUGCUGUCCCGGGACUGCGCCCUCGCCGUCAAGCAGAGGGGAGCCUGCUGCGAGCGCUGCAAAGGUUGCACCUAUGAAGGAAACACCUAUAACAGCUCCUUCAAGUGGCAGAGUCCUGCGGAGCCCUGUGUCCUGCGCCAGUGCCAGGAAGGCGUGGUCACCGAGUCUGAGGUGCGGUGCGUCGUGCACUGUAGAAAUCCCUCCAAGGAUCUGGGACUGUGCUGCCCCACGUGUCCAGGCUGUGUGUUUGAGGGUGUGCAGUACCAAGAAGGAGAGGACUUUCAGCCCGAAGGAGACAAGUGCACCAAGUGUUCCUGCGUUGGUGGCAGGACACAGUGCGUGCGCGAGGUCUGUCCCAUUCUCUCCUGUCCUCAACACCUUAGCCACGUUCCCCCGGGACAGUGCUGCCCCAAAUGUUUGGGCCAGAGGAAAGUGUUUGACCUCCCGUUUGGAAGCUGCCUCUUCCGCAGUGAUGUGUAUGACAACGGAUCCUCGUUUCUGUACGACGACUGCACGGCGUGCACCUGCCGGGACUCCACUGUGGUGUGUAAGAAGAAGUGCUCCCGGGCCGGUGGCUGCGACAAGGGCGAGGAGGCCUGCUGUGAGGAGUGCCUCCUGCACGUGCCCCCGGAAGACACCAAAGUGUGCAAGUUUGGCAACAAGGUUUUUCGGGACGGAGAGAUGUGGUCCUCCGUGAACUGCACCAUCUGUGCGUGUGUGAAAGGCAAGGCCGAGUGUCGCAAGAAGCAGUGCGCCCCCAUCAGCAGCUGCCCGCAGGGUAAAAUUCUCAACCGAAAAGGAUGCUGCCCUAUUUGCACUGAAAAGCCCGGCGUUUGCACGGUAUUCGGAGAUCCCCACUACAACACUUUUGACGGACGGACAUUUAACUUUCAGGGGACGUGUCAGUACGUUUUGACGAAAGACUGCUCCUCCCCUGCCUCGCCCUUCCAGGUGCUGGUGAAGAACGAUGCCCGCAGGACCCGCUCCUUCUCGUGGACCAAGUCGGUGGACCUGGUGCUGGGCGCGGGCACCGUGAGCCUCCAGCAGCACCUGACCGUGCGCUGGAACGGCUCGCGCAUCGCGCUGCCCUGGCGGGCGCCGCACUUCCACAUCGACCUGGACGGCUACCUCCUGAAAGUGACGACCAAAGCAGGUUUGGAAAUAUCCUGGGAUGGAGACAGUUUUGUAGAAGUCAUGGCUGCCCCUCAUCUCAAGGGCAAACUUUGUGGUCUCUGUGGCAACUACAAUGGACAUAAGCGUGAUGACUUAAUUGGUGGAGAUGGAAACUUCAAGUUUGAUGUGGAUGACUUUGCUGAGUCCUGGAGGGUGGAGUCCAAUGAGUUCUGCAACAGACCCCGCAGAAAGCCAGUGCCUGAACUGUGUCAAGGGACCGUGAAGGUAAAGCUCCGAGCCCAUCGAGAAUGCCAGAAACUCAAGUCCUGGGAGUUUCAGACCUGCCACUCAACAGUGGACUAUGCUACUUUCUACCGAUUUCCUGACUGGCAUGGUACAUACAAUGGUAAAGAGCCUUCAGCUCAGGAAGCAGUUACUGAGUUCCCACUAAAUGUGGUCGCUGCUUAGACUCUGGGGACGAAGACGGACUAGGUGUGAUUUCUGCCUGAAGGUUAAGACUUCCUCCAUACCAGACGUCUGCUGCCAACCUAGUUUUAGAAGUUCAUUUUCUUCAAGCUAAUCGAUCUUGAGUGUGUCAGCAUUUGGAAGGGUUCUUUCAAAAUUGACUUUCUUGAGUUUAAUCAGUAUCAGUGGGUUGGUUCCACUUGCUCUAGUUAUUUCUUUUUUUCAUCCUUGCAACAUGAACGAGCCGCUUUUUCUCCUGGUUUUUAAUGUUCUGUAGAAUCUUGCUGACAGUCACUAUACAGUGAGAGGGGAAAUGCCAUCCAAGGAAAACCCUGUGCUGCUCCAAAGCCUUUCAAAUGAAAUCAUGCUUCUGAUGAGCUUUGGAAGCAGUGAUCCGAUUUUGACCCGUGUCUCAAGGUUUCCGCUGGCUCUCCUGUGCCCUGGACUUUGCUGGCUGAUAGCCAUUGGCUUUGCUCUGUAGUUUGCAUUUUUAUCAUCUUUGUUUUUUUUCAUGAGCCAAGAACACCUGACUUUAUAAGCACCA